CCUGUCCGGCUUGACGCUGUCUGGCAGUGGGACGCGACGAAGGGAAGUAAGCAAGGAAGGAAAGGAACGAAGGGAAGGGAAGAAGUGUCGCUCAGGCUGAAAAAAAAAGUUCCGAAACACGAACACAUUCCACGUUGAUUCGGUGUUGGGAUCAAAGGGGAAGCCGACGAGCGGAGGCGGGAAAAGGCAGGGGAAGGAUUACGACUUUUGAGCAAGAUUCCACAGUGGGAAUGUCGCGUCGCUCGCCCGAGGAGCUGGAAGCCAUUUGAGGAAAGCUGACCCGGAGCCAAGUUUGCCAUUCCAGGACAUCGGGCACAGGACGUCCAGGCUGCUCAGCAUGCGGCGCUGAGGACCAGGCGAGUGCUCCGACCGUCGUGCCGAGGAUGGGGAAGGAGCAGGACCUCCUGCAGGCGGUGAAGAGCGGCGACCUGCAGUCCGCUCAGAAGCUCCUGUCCAAGAUGAGGAGCAGCCGCAGCAAACUGUUGGGGUCCACAAAGAGACUCAAUGUCAACUACCAGGACUCAGAUGGCUUCUCUGCCCUGCACCACGCAGCUCUCACGGGGACCGCCGAUCUGCUGGUGGCGCUGCUGGAAGCUCAGGCAUCUGUGGACGUCAAAGACAGCAACGGAAUGCGUCCUCUCCAUUACGCAGCAUGGCAGGGCAAAUCUGAGUCGGUCCUGAUGCUGCUGCGUUCAGGGGCGUCCGUCAACGGAGUCUCGCUAGACGGACACAUCCCCCUGCACCUGGCCGCCCAAUACGGACACUACCAAGUGUCGGAGAUGCUCCUGCAACACCAGUCCAACCCGUGUCUGGUCAACAAGGCCAAAAAGACCCCUUUGGACCUCGCCUGUGAGUUUGGAAGAGUCAAGGUGGCCCAGCUGCUGCUGAGCAGCAACAUGGUGGUGGCAUUGUUGGAAGGCGAGAGGAAGGAACCCACCGACUCAGCCUUUACCACGCCGCUGCACCUCGCCGCUCGCAAUGGACACAAAGACAUAAUUGUGCUCCUGCUGAAGGCGGGCAUCGAUAUCAACACCACCACCAAGUCUGGCACCGCUCUGCAUGAAGCUUCGCUGUACGGGAAGACCGAAGUGGUGCGGCUGCUCCUGGACGCUGGCGUGGAUGUCAACAUCAGAAACACGUACAACCAGACGGCGCUGGACAUCGUCAACCAGUUCACCACGUCCCACGCCAGCAGAGAAAUCAAACAGCUGCUCAGAGAUGCCACCGGUGUUCUGCAGGUACGAGCAUUGAAAGACUUCUGGAACCUUCACGACCCCACCGCCCUGAACAUCCGGGCCGGGGACGUGAUCACGGUGUUGGAGCAGCACGUGGACGGGCGCUGGAAAGGUCACAUCCAUGACAGCCAGAGGGGGACGGACCGGGUGGGCUUCUUCCCGCCCUCCAUUGUGGAGGUCAUCAGCCGGCGAGGCGGUCAUCCCAUCCCCCAUUGCAUGCGUCCACUCCUCAUGACCUUUGACCUCAACACAUUCUAUCCCCCCCCGCCUCCCUGCACCUGCAUGUGUCGGCCUGUAGGGAGCACCCUAUCCCGGCACGCCUCACUGCCCGCUCAGCGCCAGCAGCUGCUGUCCAGAGCCCCCCCGUCCAGCAGCUUCAAGGCUGACAACUCCUACACGCUCUGCGCACCCCCCACCCACCUGGUUCCUCCGCUCAGCAACGGCUUGGCCUCAGCAGGAGACAGGAACAGCGUGGGAAGCACCGGGAGCGUGGGCAGCACUCGCAGCGCGGGAAGCGGGCAGAGCACGGGCAGCAACAACGCUCCCAACGGCAUCCAGCACUCUGCUGGUCACCAUGACAACAGCAACAAGACAGCGCCCUCUGCUGGCUCAGACAAGCGGCACCUUCAUUCUGCAGAUGCUGCUCAGGUGUGUGACCCAUGUGCAGGUGGCACCCCCUGCAGGGCCGCAGUGGCGGUGCAACAACCUGCUGAGCAGACCUUCACCCAGCAGUUUGUUCGCCCUCAGCAGCUGCUGGAUGGAAAGGAUGCCGAGGCCAUCUUGGAGUGGCUCAGGGAGUUCCAGUUGGAGCAGUACACUGGGAACUUCAUCAGUGCCGGCUACGACGUGCCCACCAUCAGCAGGAUGACGCCCGAGGACCUGACCGCCAUUGGUGUCACCAAACCUGGACAUCGCAAGAAGAUCUCAAUGGAGAUUAACAAGCUCAACAUUCCAGAUUGGCUUCCAGAGUUUGUGCCAUCAGACCUUGGCGAGUGGCUGAGUGCCAUCGGCCUCCCUCAGUACUUGAAAAGACUUUGCGAAAACGGCUACGACAGCAUCAGCAUCGUCAAAGACCUGACCUGGGAAGACCUACAGGAAAUCGGCAUCACCAAGCUGGGUCACCAGAAGAAGCUGAUGCUGGCGGUGAAGAAGCUGUGUGACAUCCACAGGGCGACCGCCCAGGGCACGUUGCGACGUAAAGCCCCCGGAACGCUACAGCUGCUCGCCAUCGAGCCACCGGACGGUGGCGGGGAAUGUUCGUCCCCGCGCACCCCCAGGAUGUUGACCUUCCAGGACAGCGAGCUGAGUGCCGAGCUGCAGUCGGCCAUGUCGAGCCGCUACGCCGACUGCGAAGACGGCCCGGUCUUCAAGAACAAUGCAGGCUUGUCUGAGAGCCAGGACAGCAUGGACACCAGAUCCAGAGGCUCUGGACGCUCCCAGGAAGCACCCACCGCCUCUGUCACCCCCCACAGCUGGUCCCAGGAGAGCCUGGACGGCAGCCCCGCCAGGGACAGGAACCUCCCCGAGGGCUGGGACCAGAGGUCCCUCCACAAGCAGGUUCCUUUGGGAACGGCCACCGUGUUCAAGUACCCCGCCGUCCCCACCAAAUCCAAACUGUCCCGCUCCCACGGCUCGUCCCCUGGCGGAUCGCCAGCAUUGAAGGGUUUCAGCUACCUGCAUUCGCACUGUGGAUCCACAGACAUCCGCACGUCAACCCAACCCGAGGACCACGGACAGGCUCUGCUGCCUCCCAAGAAACGGGCCCACAUGAACCGUCUCGCCCUUUCUGAUGGAGAACCUGACGAGGACGACGACGAGCCGGCUCCUCCAUCGAGGAACGUUCCUUCCUACGCAACCUUGACCCGCAAGCCCGGACGCAGUCAGACCACACGAAUACGGUCCGAUCGAGAGAAGAGCGCCAACGUGGGCCGCAGUCAGUCCUUUGCCGUCCGAGCUCGAAAAAAAGGUCCUCCUCCACCACCUCCAAAGAGAUUAAGCUCCGUGAGCAGCACCACCAGCGGCGAGCUGAGUGACAGCAGCACGACGUCGUCUGGUGGCGUCGUUACCGACAGUCCCGGAAGCGUGAGGAGCAUCGCCGCCGGUCUGGAAGGAAAUCCUCAGGCCAAGAACUCUCCGGAUUGCAAACACCAACCCGUUCUGCAAGAGACGCUUCCCCCCAAAGACACAGAGAGCCCGGAGUUGAGGCACAGGCCACAAAGUGAACGCCUUCACGCACACGCCUGUCGCCUCAUUAACACAGACCGAGACCAAGAGCUUGGGUCGGACGUGGACCGCGAAGAAUCCAAGAGUUUGUCGUCUCCUCACAAUAGUUCCAGCGAGUGCAUUCCCUUUGCCGAGGAAGGCAAUCUGACCAUCAAGCAGAGGCCCAAAGCUCCGGGACCCCCCAGAGCCGACGUCGUCCUAGAACCUCUGGACCAACCCUGCGCCAAGGACUCAGACGUCCCCGAGUUCAACCUCAAGGAGUCAGACACGGUCAAGCGUCGACACAAACCCAAAGACAAGGACGGAGACGCGCCGGCCGAGUUCCAGACUUUUUCCCAGAACCAAGAGGAAGACGUCUGCGUGAGGGCGGGCGAGAGCGGUCCCCACAAAGCAUUCCCCGUCAAACCUCAGCUGUCCCCAAAACCACCGCUCGUCGCCCCAAAACCUGCACGCCAAAGUCUGCUGGCAGCACACAACAAUUCAUCAGCUGGACCAAAGUCGCCAAGCGUGAACAUCAGCGUGGUCCAAAGUCUGGCUUUCGCCUCGCCGCCCAACACGCCCCCGGCGGCAUGCCCUCCAAGCCCCGCCCUGUCCACCGCCAAUGGUCAGGCCCUGGGGGUUCAGGCCCUGGGGGUUCAGGCCCUGGGGGUUCAGGCCCUGGGGGUUCAGGCCCUGGGGGUUCAGGCUGUGAGCCAGCAGAGACUGGAUGAGACCAGUACGUCUCUGGAAGCCGCCCUGAAGGCCGUGGAGAGAAAGUUGAUCCUGGACGAGAGCGAUGGAGGCAACACAGUGAGGUCGGCAGGAACCAUCCUGGACGACAUUGGGAACAUGUUUGACGACCUGGCCGACCAGCUGGAUGCCAUGUUGGACUGAUGGCGAGCCCGUCACAAUAAAAGCUCAGGAAGUAAAAAAAAAAAAGAUGUCACAGCAACACGUGGACCAUCUUCUGAUAUACAAUAUAUAUAUAUAUAUAUAUAUAUAUAUAUAUAUAUAUAUAUAUAUAUAUAUACAUAUGUGUGUGUGUAUAUAUAUACAUAUGUGUGUAUAUAUAUAAAUAUAUAUAUGUGUGUAUAUAUAUAAAUAUAUAUAUGUGUGUGUAUAUAUAUAUAAAUAUAUAUGUAUGUAUAUAUAAUUGUAUAUAUAUAUAUAUAUAUAUAUUUAUGUAUGUAUAUAUAAUUGUAUAUAUAUAUAUUUACAUAUAUAUACAUAUAAUACAUAAUACUGCAUAUAUUAUACUUAUAAUAUACACAGUAUAUAUUAUAUGUCGAAUAUUUUUGUAUAAAUACAGUGCCUCACAAAAGUGUUCAAACAUUUGUGUAUAUAUAUACAUAUAUAUAUAUACAUAUAUACAGUAUAUAAAUAGUUUUUUAAAAUGUUCUAAUAUUUUUAUAACACAUAACGUCAAAAAUAUGUUUUACAAAGGCAUAUUUAUACUACAGCUUUGCCAAUUUACUGAGUUGAGACUGUUUUGUAUGAAUUAUAGAGAGAUGGUAAGAACUUCUCACUUCCUGUUUCAAAAAGUUAUGGAUUAUAGUCAAAGUGUGAACGUUGAAAGAAAAAAAACACUGGAAGGAGCAACGACAAAAUGUUGCAUUUUGUACAAUUGUCAGAUCUUGUAACAUUUUCUUUCCAUU